CUUGUUAUCAAGCAGAAAGCUAAAUAAUACCCACUUCUAAUACACUUAGCCUAUUCAUUGCAAGAACUGGCGUUGCGAGACUAGCCUGCCACUGAUCAACACGUGAUUUCUGUGUGCGGAGGAAAUAUUGGCAGAAGAGCUUGUUUACUUUGAAGAAUUGGUUUGUUUACAUUCCGAAGUUGUGAACAGAUUUUCUCUACAGGCUGUGGAUACUCGGUCUAUGAUGCUGACGUUACUUGCAGCGUUGCUGCUGGCAACACCUGCCCUGUGCCACUACCACUCCCUGUACCAAGACAGGGAGCCGGAGGAUGUUGACUUCGAGCGCACCUUCCACGUGCAGCGACAACAUAUCAACGAAGAGUGUCCACCUAGGGCUAUCUGCGGCGUCGCCUACGACUUCAACAGAACAGUCGGCGGUCGUCGGCUUCCAGAACGACGAAUCAUCCGGCACUGCACAUGUCCUGAAAACAUUGAGUGUCCAAUCGAUGCCGAACAUAGAGUUUUCUCCAGUAUAAAGAGGAGGGAGUACUUGUGUCAACCGAUAUCAGACCUCGCAGCCUGUGACCUGGAGGACCCCUCUAGCCUGGCCGCCAAGCAGCUUGUGGAGCGACACCUCGUAGACAUCCUCGCCAGGUAUUUUAGGAUCAACUGUGUGUGUCCCCGCCACAUCAACCCCGUUAUCCCUAAGACUCCAGGGCGUCUAGAGCUGGCCACAACUAUAACACGGGUCCGGCUUGUUGUCGGCCUGCAUACUACUUUCCAGGACCGCAGAUGCGUUGAGUAACGGAUAUGGCCAUGGUAACCAGUUCCUGGAGAUUACAAGAAGGUUAAACAGCAUUUCAGUAUAUCUCUGAUAUAUUUUACAACCAACCGUUACUGCCAUCAACUGAAUGAUGUACAAUGCCAAAAAAAUUACUUUCAUUUUUUUUUUACGUGUUGGCCUUCAAAGAUAUGUUAUGUUAAAUAUAAAAUAUCCUGUUUCUCGUCACGUUUCUGAUUGAAUAUUUUGUGUGUGUUUUUUUUUUUUUUUAUGUGUAUCAUUUUGAAUUUAUUGGGACACACAAUAAAGUGCCGGUUCAAAGAAAGUAUACAUCAUCGUUUGUGGUGGAUAAAAAAGUGAAACAAACAAGAAAUGGUAAUUGGAUGGUGAUGUGUUUGAUACAGGUAUGCAUCACAGUUGUGUUUGCAGUGUUUCGGCGUCUGUUUUCAGCCGAGUAACGUUUUGAUAACGUUUGUAAAUUCUUUUUGUCAGAUCCAAUUUUAAGUGUAUACGUUCUUUUUUGCCCGGCAUUAUAUCCUGG